AUGGACAGAAGACCAUCAGGAUUCUCAAAAGUACCAUUAGUCAAUGCACGUUCUGUCCUAAUCGCUAUAGACGGUUCUGAACAUUCAAAGAAAGCAUUUCAACAUUAUCUAAAAUGGCUUCAAAGACCAGAUGAUGCAGUCACAAUAUUUCAUGCAGUUGAACCUGUCUCCCUACCAAGUAUCUCUUUAUCGAAUCCAAUUAGUGUACCUAGUGAUGAAUGGUCAAAUAUUGUACAAAAUAAUUUAAAACGUGUCCUUGAACUUGAAGAUGACUAUAGUACAGAGUGUUUAAGUCGAAAUUUAACCUAUCAAUUCCUUUAUGAACCUGUUGAACAUAUAGGUGCAGCUAUUGUCCAAAAUAGUGAAAAAUAUAAUGCAAAUUUAAUAAUUGUAGGAAGUCGAGGACUUGGCGCUAUCAAACGUACAAUUAUGGGCAGUGUUAGUGAUUAUGUUGUCCAUCAUGCGAAUACAGCUGUUUGUGUUGUACCACAAAUUGAUGAACAAAAGAAUACAUUGAAAAGUUGA